AAAGCCAUGUUUUUUCCAUAGGUCUUUUGAAUAUAUAGUACUAGAGUGCUUACCGUUAUGCAGCAAUUAGAUGAACCCGAGUGAAUGAAAAUGCUAUAAUUGCUAUACCUUUUGUAACUAAUCUCACCACGUCUCGUCAAUUUAUUUCGGGUUAAAAGAAGACUCGCAUUGGUUUCAGAUGUCAAGAAAGCAUUACGCAUGCGUGUCUUAUGUACCGAAACCCAGCAUCUUUUAUGUCAAGCAGAGCUAGCCUUUUAUGUUUAUUUUUUUAAACACCUUUACACCAGAAAAACUCUGCCUCUGUGAUCUGAAUAAUUGGCUCAAUAGAUCGUGUAUUUUGUGUCUUUCAAAGCAACAGAAGAUGCCACCUUAGUGAGAGCAGAGUUCCCGGCAAGGUGCCAUGAGGAGACGGCUGUCUCACAGGGACUCCAAAACCCCGCCCCCCUAUGACAGAAGUCCUGACUCGUCCCCCUGUAACCGAGGGCCCCACCCCUGCUGUUUCUGCUGGUGCUGCUGUUGCAGCUGUUCUUGCCUGACAGUGCCAAACAAAGACCAGGAUGUGUGCAGCAGGAGGGCGUCCAACAUCUCCACACUAGAGAGCCUUCAGAGGAACGAGGAUAGCGGCAGGCUGAGUGUGGAGGAGGCCUCAUCCUGGGCCCUGUCCUUCAGCACUCUGCUGGACAAUGCAUCCGGCCGUGACGUCUUCAUGGAGUUCCUGCGCUCGGAGCACAGUGAUGAGAACAUGCUCUUCUGGCAGGCAUGUGAGGAUCUCAAGACAGAGCAACAGAAGGCUGAUAUCGGGGAGAGGGCCAAACAAGUCUACCUGGACUACAUCUCCAUACUCUCUCCCAAAGAGGUCAGCAUUGAUGCCACAGUGCGGGAGACAAUCAACAGAAACAUGGCAACUCCCACUGUGCACGUUUUUGAUGACGCCCAAGCACAAAUCUACGCACUGAUGCACAGAGACUCUUAUCCACGAUUUCUGAACUCCCCUCUCUACCAGUCUCUGUUGCAGAGCCUCAGUUCAAACAACUCCUCCAACAGCUAGGAGGCGCUAGAGUGCUGGUGGCAGAUCCCCAGUUCCUAGUCAACAGAAGUCAUACGCUGCAGUAUGUUUUACACAAUUCGACAGUUGUUUACAGAGGUUGGUUUUGUAAAACAUGUUUAAAAGUGGCACCCUGAAAUGCUACAGUGCUUUGCCUCAUACUGUAAUCUGAAUGAAAACUAAAUCUUGAUUUUUAAUCUUGCCCUUAUUUUAUAUUCCUGAAAGACAAAGUGUCACGAAAAACUGGCCCCAGUUUAUGGUACCAUAAUAAUCUUUAUAACAAUACCCUUGGCGAGGGGUCUGUGGAGGAAGAGACAUCAACACAAGCCUUGGUACCCGCUACAGGACAGAUUUUAGUAGAUCAGAAAUGCUUGUGUAUUUUCCUGGACUGAUGUUUACAGGCAAGCUGUGAAUUUAAGGUCAUAAUAACCAUAAAAAAAAGUGUAUCACAGUAAAAACAUAGCAAAUUGUAAUAAAGGAUAGUGAAAGUAUGCUUCAUUAUAUUAAAAAAUAAAA